GUGGUGUUGGAAGCACCCACACAGAAGAUGCAUUAGCGCUUUCGUAAUAUUCCUUUCUCUGAUAUAUACCGUGAUUUGUGAGGUUUAUCUAAUUUUUCAUUUUCCAUAUGAUCUCUGAUAGCUAUAUUCCUGCAAAUUGAAAAUAGUCAAAUUUUGCUUAAUUCAAUGAAUCACGUUGAUUGCCUUUGGUGAGCCAAAACAGCCGGCGUGUUCAUGGUCAGACAUUGGCCAUUCCAAAUCUGAACCCACAAUUUUACAGUUGGAGAAGAUUCUAUUGAUCUGCGAUCAUGUGGAAAGUUCGUGAAAUUGCAGAUAAAGUCACCAACAUGGUGAUGAACUACACGGAGGUGGAGUCCAAAGUGCGCGAGGCGACCAACGACGAGGCCUGGGGACCCACCGGCCCGCAGAUGCAAGAGGUCGCACAGUACACCUUCACCUACGAACAGUUCCCAGAGGCUAUGGGCAUGCUCUGGAAACGCAUGCUGCAGGACAACCGCUCUAACUGGCGCCGCACAUACAAGUCGCUGCUGCUGCUACACUACCUGAUUCGGAACGGCUCAGAGCGUGUGGUCACCUCUGCGCGCGAACACAUCUACGACCUGCGUAGUCUGGAAAACUACACGUUUGUGGACGAGUUCGGCAAGGACCAGGGAAUCAACAUCAGGCACAAGGUGCGAGACCUUAUCGACUUUGUCCAGGACGACGACCGGCUGCGCGAGGAGCGCAAAAAAUCCAAAAAGAACAAGGACAAGUACAUUGGUCUGAGCAGUGAGUCGACCGGAUUCCGUUCUGAAUACUUUGGCAAAGGCUCCUCCUAUGACUGGGACCAGCCCAACUGGCGCAAGGGCCGCUCAGAGUGGGACAGCAACGGCGACAGCAAGCCCUACUCGGACCAGAGGGAGGCCGACAGCAACAGUCUGGGAGAGCCGGAUGACUCGGACUCGGAGGUGCGCGCUCGCCAGUUCACCGACUCGUCGCCGGCGGCUUCCAAAUCGCGGCGCGACAAACCGCUCUCCACGGGCCGGCCGGCCGCCGCCGCCUCAGCCGCAGUCAAGGCCGACUCUACCAAGAAACCCGAGCUGGUGGAUGACCUAUUCGGAGGCGACGACGACUUCAAUCCCCGCGCCGGUGACCCGCCGGCCGCCGCCACCGGCUCAGACUUCUCGCAGUUCGCCGCCGCUCCGCCACCUGCCGCCGGUUCGGGCACGGACGGGUUCGCCGACUUUGCCAGCGCGUUCGGCGGCGGCGGCGGCGGGGGCGGCAGCGCGCCGGCGCCCGUGCCGCCGCCGCUGGGGCGACCACCGGGCACGGCGCCCACCGCUCUCACCCCGCCCGGAGGAGGCGGCGGCCACGACCUGCUCGGAGGCAUGACGCCCCCGCUCUCUGCACCUGCCGCACCCGCCCCGGCCGCCGCCGCCGCCGCACCGCCGCCGGCCGCCCAGGACAACUCCAGUCUGCUGAUGGGUCUGAGUCUGGGCCCGCCGGCGGCCGCCCAGCCCAGCAUGGACCUGUUCGGCGCGCCGCCGCCGCUGGCGCCGGCGCAACAGCCGACCAGUUUGCCAACCAUGGGAGGUCUGGACCUGCUGGGCAGUCCGCUGGUACCGGCCCCCUCCUCGUCAGCUGGCCUAAUGUCGACGGCCUCCGCCGCGCCUGCUCAACCAAAUAGCCAGAAUGUGGGUUCGACGUGGUCCGGUCUGAAGGGUGUCGACAUCAGUCUGGACAGUCUGACGCUGUCCAACAAACCGUCUCGCGCGCCGCAGCCGUCCAUGAACCAGCUGAUGGGCGGCCAGGCUCCGCCGCUGCGGCCGGCGCCGCCCAUGCUCGGACAGCAGGCGGCACCUCCAGCGGCCGGCUUCGCCAUGGGCGCCCCGGUGACUGGGUUCGGCAUGGGUCCGCAGUCGCCCCAGCAGCAGCAACAGCGACCGCCGUUCUUCCCGGCUUUCCAGUGACGCGUCCCUGCCAUGUGCCCGCCCGGGGCCCGCGCUCGGCCCCUCUGUGAUGACCGGUGGCCUAGGCGGACCGCCGACCGGCUCCGUCGGCCGGCCGCCCGUCUGCCUGAAUAGAACGAUCACGAAGCAUGGAAUAGAAGCGAUGAAGAAGAGAGAGGCUGCGGAUGAAACGGAAGAAGGAGUGACGACGAGGGAAUGAGGAGGAGAAUGUUGGAUAUCAGAAGAUUUGAUGGAAGAUAAAGGAUUUGUGUGAAUGUUGAGCGGUGUGUCAGAGACGCGUGCGUUUGAUGUGUCAAGUGUCGAGGCGAGUGUGUGUGUGUGACAGGUGAGAUGCAGGUCAGCCCGCCAGGCUGAGGGUGAACGCGAACAUUCCGGUGUCGUUCGGACGGCCCGUCGGAGAUGGACGGAGUGGAUGUCUGGGGUCAGCGCGGCAGUGUGAGAGAGCCCCACCUACGCAAGUGUGUCUGUGUGCGUCAGAAACCGUUUACGGCGCGUUGCUGCGCCACGUAUGGAGCGUAUGCGUCGUAGGUGACGCUGUCGGACGCGCGGUGUGGGUUUCAAUCGAUCUGUGUCCGCUCCGCGUUCGAGUGAGAAAGGGCCCUGGCGGCCGCCGCCGGCGCAACGGUGGACCUGUUGACCUUCUUUUACAGAAAAUUUACGUGUCGUUGCGAGCGCGGGAGCGGAAAUAUCACUUAGGAUUAGUUUUAGUGGGGGCCGGACGGUGUGGUCGGCCCCUCGAUGUGCUCAGUUGUGGCCCGAGCUGCAGGUGCUUUCGUGAAUUAUUGCACGAGCCUUUAUCAUAGCACCCAAUAACGCCUUUGCAGACCAACAAAUUUAUUUAACGGUGUGGGGUACGAGAUCAUAGCAUGCAAACACAAAUAUUUUCUACGUGCUACACAACAGAAGCAAAUAAAGAAACUCGUCCAAA